AUGGCUACUUCUAUUGCUCAGGGGCUUUUCAAGUCUCUGCCAAAGCCAAAAUACACAGGGGAAGACGAAGAACUACCGCCACAUGCCCAGCCCAAAGGUCCGCGAAUCGUGGGGCCUGGUGCUGUCAACGAGUCGCAAGUUGUCCUGAGAGUAGCUGGCCCGCCUCCGUAUGGCAAACGUACAGGAUGGCGACCACGAAACCCCGAAGACUUUGCAAAUGGCGGUGCGUUUCCUGAAAUCCCCGUAGCGCAAUACCCCCUCGAUAUGGGCCGAAAAGGUUCCUCGUCGAAAUCAAACGCUUUAGCGGUACAGGUCGACGCGGAAGGGAAAGUUAAAUAUGAUGCUAUUGCGAAACAAGGGCAUGGGGAAAAUCGGACCGUACACGCUUCAUUUAAAGAUCUAAUACCCCUCCGCCAGCGAGUUGAUAUGGGUGAAAUAUCACUAGAUCGUCCAUCACAGGAAGAAGUAGCAGAGCAAAUGGAAAAGACAAAAGCUGCUCUAGCAAAGCUAGUGACUGGCGCAGUCACAGCGCAGAAGCCCAAAAACGUCAAGGGUGGGAAGAGAAAUGAGCCUACGUUCGUGAGAUAUACACCUGCAAAUCAGAUGGGUGAUACAAGCAAAAAGAAUGAUAGAAUCAUGAAAAUUGUGGAGAGGCAGGUGGAUCCUAUGGAGCCCCCGAAAUUCAAGCACAAGAAGAUUCCUCGCGGACCUCCAUCCCCUCCGCCACCUGUCAUGCACUCACCCCCGAGGAAGCUUACCGCGGAAGAUCAGGAAGCUUGGAGAAUUCCACCACCUGUUUCGAACUGGAAAAACCCCAGAGGGUUUACAGUCCCGUUAGAUAAGCGAUUGGCUGCUGAUGGACGAGGGUUACAGGAUGUUUCUAUCAAUGAUAAAUUCGCGCAGUUUGCAGAAGCCCUAUUUACAGCUGACCGGCAUGCUAGAGAAGAAGUGAAGCAACGGGCACAAAUGCAGCAGAAAUUGGCAGAGAAGGAGAAGGCGCAGAAAGAAGAGCAUCUUCGUCAACUGGCUCAAAAGGCACGUGAAGCAAGGUCAGCUGGAGCGAGUCGUCAAGAAUCCAGAGCACGAUCCCGAUCUAUCAUGGGAAGCCGUAGUCACUCUCCAUAUUCAUCCCGAUCGGCCUCACCCAGCGAAGAUGAAGAAGCUGUCCGAGAACGUGAACGACGGCGUCGACAACAGAGACAAGAAGACGAACGCCAGCUUCGCCAAUCCCGCAUGGGCGCUGAGCGGCGUAUCCAGAUGAUGGCACGAGAACAGAAUCGUGAUAUCUCAGAAAAAGUCGCUCUUGGUCUUGCAAAGCCAACACAGAGUAAAGAGACGAUGUAUGACUCCCGGCUGUUUAAUCAGACGAGCGGGUUUGAUAGUGGAUUCAACGAAGAUCAGCCCUACGAUAAACCCCUUUUUGCUGCGCAGGAUGCCAUCAAUAGCAUUUAUCGUCCUCGAGCGCAGGGAGAUGAUUUUGAUGAUGAAGAGUCGGCGGGGGCGGAGAUGAGUCGGAUCGAGCGCAAUAACCGUUUUGAAGUCCUGGGUCGCGCAAAGCAGGGCUUCAAGGGUGCAGCAGAUGCAGAGGCUCGAGAUGGGCCCGUCCAAUUCGAAAAAGAUACCACUGAUCCAUUUGGAAUCGAUGGGAUGAUUGCUGAAGUUACUGGGGCGGGUAGGCAGAAGCGCUACGGCAUUCAAGAAGCUGAAGGCACAAAUGAGCGUGGAUCGAAACGUGCCCGUGUAGACGAUGAUGAUGAACAUGAUCGAAGGAAAUAG